UCGACGUGGAUGAUUUCGUUGCAAACAACAAACCGAAUCAUUUGCAAGCUCGCCGGGAUCAGCGCUGUUUCAGUACAUUUCUCGAUUUCGAAUCGUACGUAGCAAACAAAUACGCCAUCACUAUGGUAAAGUUCGUUCUAGCAUCGGCCGUGUUGUGCUGUGCGUUGAGUUACGCCAUCGCUAGCUCUUGCUCAAACCCGGAGGUGAAAUCUAACUUCUACUCCACCUCGGAUGCUACGAUCGUUAGCCAGAUUGGUUUUGUAACGGAGUUCACGCUUAAGUGCUCGAAUGCCGGAGCAGAAAAGCUGCCCCUGUUCGCCGAAGUCCUUGGCAAGUUGGCUCCGGUUGUGCGCAUCGGCGAUAACAAGUACCAGGUGAGCUGGAAUGAGGAAAUUAAGAAGGCCAGCAGCGGAUCGUACGCAGUGCGUCUGUUCGAUGAGGAAUCCUAUGCGGCUGUCCGCAAAGCCCAGCGUGCCGGCGAAGACAUCCAGUCGGUGAAACCACUCACGACCGUUACCGUAAAUUUCUCCGGUGCAUACAAGGGACCGUGGGUUAACUCGGAAAUUCUCGCCACUGUGAUGGUCUUGUUUGUUGCAUACGUUGCAUUCACGACACGGUCUAAGCUUAUGGCGUAAGGUACCACAUCACACCCGGUUCGCUCGCAUUUCGGUUCGGUGUCACCAGUCAUCGGAACUGGCGUACAUUAGCCGUACGUUUUUUGUUUUUCAUCCAAGUUUCAUUGCUUCGAUCAAUUUCAUCCGCACAAACCAGAAACAAUACUCCCUUGCUCGCUAACGAAAUAGUUGGCACAUGUUUUAAAUGUGGAAAAGCACUGGAAGCAAUUACGAACCGCCGUCAUUCUUGAGAGCAGCCCUCACCGGAACGGGAGGGUACAGGGGAGAACUGUUACGUAUGGGUGCAGCAGCAGCAACGUUCAUACUAGCUUUCAUUUCUAGAGACUGAACCAUGAUUACCUACAGUGAAUAAAAGAAAACCAUUUGCGUGGCUGUCGCACCUGAAAAUCGUGUACUGUAGAGAAAGAGCAACGUGUUAAGCUGUGGAACAUUCGAAUAUCACCAGUGGAGGAUCAAUCCCCUUGGAGGCCCAGGGCGGAAUUAUAAAUGGGGCCUCUAAUCUUAAAAACGAUGAAUUGGGGGGAAUUGAGGCCCUUGAUCAUCAUCAUCUUUGGAGAAGGGGCCUAUGUAUAAACCAUUUACUACUACACACAUUUUUGGGUCCUCCAAAACGGCGAGACCUUAGGCUACUCCGUCUACCGUUUGAUCCGCCGUUGAUCCCUUUUCUCAACUCAACCACGAAUGCGAAGAUCAAAUUAUUUAUUCUAUUAAAAAACUUUUAAUAAACACACAUAAACACUGUCCACAAAAUACUUCAUAUAAACAGGUAUGUACGUAAAAGCGUUUAGAAGAAAAGCGUCGCCACCAGCAGAUACGGAUUGUCCUUGGACCAGCAUUGCGGGCGGAUCCUUCAUCUCGCUCAAACUUUCCGCCCGGCUGAUACGAAAUUCUAUACAACCCAUAUAUACUUUGUUGUAAAGGCAAGAGUGUAAUAAAAA